AUGCCAGAGUCAGCUCAAGACACCCUGGGGGCCCCCAGUGUACGUACACCCCGGGAGGGGGGCCCCCUGCCAAGUCCCAGGCAAGAAAGUUCUCCCGAAAGUCCCCACGAAGUAUCGGAAGAGGGGCCCCUGGGGGCCCCCGAGGGGCCCCCGGGGGCCCCCCUGGGGGCCCCCCUGGAGGGCCCCCCGGGGGCCCCCCUGGGGGCCCCCCUGGGGGCCCCCGAGGGGCCCCCUGGGGCCCCCGAGGGGCCCCUCGGGUCCCCCAAGCCGCAGGCUGCCAGCGGAGGAAAGGCCCCUGCUGCAGCAGCAGAAGCUGCGGCUACUCAAGCAGCUGCUGCGCGGACUGCGUCCAGCAGCUCCGAGCGACAAGUAAAGCGCCACCGGUCUUCGUUGAAGCACAGCAGCAGCAGCAGCAGCAGCAGCAGCAGCAGCAGCAGCAGCAGCAGCCAGCCGCACCGCGCAGUGACCUUCACUGAAGAAGUUUUUGUUGCUGAAGUCCCAAUAGAGAAAAACUCCCACGUGGCCAUUCCCCUCACUGAGGGAGACAUAGAGCCGCAGCAGCAGCAGCAGCAGCAGCAGCAGCAGCAGCAGCAGCGGCAGCAGCGGCAGCAGCUGGGCUCCCCCAGGGGCCUCACGAGAAGCCCCUCAGACGGUGAGCAGCAGGCCUAG